UAAUGUAAGGAGCACCAGGUAAUUUGAUAUCGUUUUUAGUUUAUUUUUAGAAGUCCCAAGAAGAUUUAGAUUACUUGAAGAACUCUAAAAUGGAGAAAAAGGUAUUGGAGAUGGAACUGUAAGCUAUGGAUUAGAAGAUGGUAAUAUUAGUAUCUGAAAUUAAUAGCUGAGGACAUGUAGAUGACAAAUUGGAAUGGAACAAUCCUUGGACCAUAUAAUGUAAUAUUUAAAUUAUAUAAUGUAGACUGCAUUUGAGAAUAGAAUCUAUUCACUUAAAAUCACUUGUGGUCCACAAUAUCCUAAGGUUGCUCCCUAAGUCAGAUUUGUUACUAAAAUUAAUCUUCCUUGUGUCUAACCAAAUGGAUAGGUAUUUAUAAUUCAAUUAUACUCAGAUUGAUAUUAAUAAAUUUAGCAUUUUAAAAAAUUGGGUAUCCAAAAGUACUUUAGAAAGUAUAUUAACAGGAUUAAAAAAUGAAAUGAGUUCUGCUGCUAAUAAAAAAUUAUAAUAACCACCUGAUGGCCAAACCUAUUGAGUU